CGGCCCGGAGCGCCGUGGAGCGUCUCCUCGCCCGGGACGCCCCAGCGGGACCAUGGACCGGAGGAAAAAGCCUUUGGAAGUCACUGCCUCCUCGCUAGUGGAUCUUAAAGCUGAACUCUUUCGAAAACAAGAAGAAUUCAAACAAGAAAAACUUCUAAAAGAUUCUGGAGUUUCAGGAAAACCAAAAUCAACGAAUAAGAAACCAAAUAUCUGGAGCAAACAGAAUGCGGGCGUUUCAAAUCGAGCUGAGAAGGACGCUGAGCAGAAGCUGGAGGAACAGAAGACGUUAGACAAAGCGAGGGAGAAAUUGGAAGAAAAAGCUAAGUUAUAUGAGAAAAUGACUAAAGGAGACUUUAUAGAUGAAGAAGUGGAAGACAUGUACCUUGUGGAUUUCACACAGAAGAUCAUAGACAAGCGCAGGGAAAUAGACGCAUGUGGUGCAAAUAGUGGUUCUAGGAAGGAGGAAGCACGGGAGGAUGACGAAGAAACCCUUUCUGACAGAGACAUACCUCCUCCCCAAGACCCCAGUGAAGAAUGGGUGGACUAUGUAGAUUCCUUAGGACGAUCCCGGCGCUGUAUGAAAAAGGAUUUGCCACAUCUGCUGGAGAUGGAUAAAAAUCUUCAGGGGAGACUAAUUGGGCUUCAAGCACAUAAUCUUGUAACUUUCUGUUCUGUUCAGACAACAGACCAGAGAACAAAGCGAGAAAACAUAAAGGAAAAGCGAAAGGCUGUGCUAGAAGCAAGGCUUGCCAAGCUCCGACAGAAAAAGAUGAAACAGUCCAAUGGAGAUGGAACAGAGAGAGAAAACGGGGCUGAAGACAGUAUUGGGCCUUUGGCUGCAGAACCAGAAGCCGUGCCAGUGCCCCCCAUCACUGCUCAGAGCAGCAAAGUGGAAGUCAUCGUCCAGGAGAGGAAGGACACCAAGCCAGGAGUGCCAUAUAUUCGGGAGUGGGAUAGAGGCAAAGGUAGGAGAGGACACUCCCCCACCCACCCACCCCCAACCCGACUGCCACCAGUGGGCCCGUGA